AUGUUUAGUUUCUCGGAAGGUCGCUUCGCCAUCACGAGCACGUCCUUCUGCAACUCAGACGAGUAUCCAGAGCACAUUUGCCACAGUGCACAUUCACUUCUCGAGAUUUACCCGUCGAUAAAGCAUCGUUUCAGCGGUUUCGGGGAGUAUUUUAUGGAAUCGGAUCCGAACUGGCCAGACAUAGCGCGCAUCCAACGGUGGCUCAAGCAUUGCGAAACUGAGCAUGGCAAAGAAUGCAUUUCAACUUCUAAUAACGUCUAUCCAGGGCCUGCAAGGAUGAUUGAUGUCGUGCAACAAUGCAUCGUCGAAAACACUGGUUGGCCAAGUUAUGCGGCUAUGAGCUACGUCUGGGGUAAGACGGCGCCAGGUUUGGCAGCAAUCCGGUCUAAUAUUUGGGAAUUGAGCCAGCCCGGAGCACUCUUUUCAGGAUCCAAUGGCUCGUUCUUAGCAUCAACAGUUCAGGAUUUCAUGCUCCUGACCAAGCGACUCGGUUUCAAACAUGCUUGGGUGGACAGAGUCUGCAUUAUACAGGACGAUGAUAACGACAAGAUAAACGAAAUCAGGCUCAUGGGUGAGAUUUAUAAGAACGCAAGCUUGACCAUCGUCUGCAUGGACGGAGAGCACGCCGACCAUGGCAUACCUGGUAUAUCUUCGCCACGCCGCCACCGCCAAUUCAUCUUAGAUCUUACAUCGGAGGUUCAAGUUCUUGGUGCACCUAUCCGAGAGCAACCCUUUAACAAGAUGACAUGGCAUGCAAGAGCGUGGACCUAUCAGGAACGCCUGUUGUCUAGCCGAAAGUUAUGUUUCUUCGAGAACACGUAUUUCUGGGAAUGUGGCCUGACGCACUGGACCGAAGACAUCGCCGCUGAGGCAGACGACCAGACGGUUGACAACUUCUACUUUCGUUCGCUUGCAGAUGCCACUAGCGGGGUGAUUGAAGACAACCCGUUUCCAGAUCUGCAGCAAUACUGUGACCUGGUUGAGGAGUACUGCACAAGACAGAUUGGACUUGAUACCGAUGCUCUCAAUGCGUGCAGCGCCAUUCUAGCUCGUCUGCGGCCUUCCUGGCCUGGAGGCUUCCAUUUUGGACUCCCAGAAUUCUUUUUCGAUAUCACGAUGCUAUGGAUUCUAAUCAAGCCGCUGGAGCGACGUCCCGAAUUUCCCAGCUGGUCUUGGCUUGGGUGGAAAAACGGUGCCAUCAGCCAUCAGCCGUACGCGAGCUUUUAUUUCCCCACGUCGAGAUAUUCCACUCGAGUUGCUAAUGAUGAUUUGUUGAUCUACCCAUGCGUAACUUGGUACCGGACUUCGCGGUGCUUCCCUAAUGAUGACUUUGAAGUACUCCGAAUAGAUAACUCGUACCACGUUUGGCGCGCAAAAGCUGAAAUUGAUUCAGAUGAAAUCGCCGGUUGGGACAAGAUGUGGGAUAAUAGCUGGACCAAGACAUCGCUGGUGGAGAAAGGCUACGAGUUUCGUUAUCCGGUCCCUAUCGGCUCCGCUACGGAUUCAACACACGAACUGAGCUGUCAGGAGCAUUGCAAGCAGUACCUUUCACUAUCAACCUAUCGCGCAAUUGUUCGGACAGGUGGAGUGAUUGGAAAGGCCUUCAAACACCACAGCACGUGUAUGGUAGAUCUUCUCGACUUCGCCAGCAAAAGGAUUGGCAUUUUGAGUUCAGACAGCACCAAAGCUUCGAAAUCAACUCAGGCACCUCUGCAAUGUGAAGUGAUAAUCAUAUCGGAAGGAGUCGCAAAAGGUAAGAGUUUGGACUCCAUUUUUUUGGAGGUAAAGAAAAUUGCGGAGCUCGAAGGCACAAAAGCAUACAUGUUUUACAAUGUCUUAGCUAUAGAACGGGACGCAACAGGUAUUGCGUCCAGAAAAGGUGUCGGGCGAGUUUGGAAGACAGCUUGGGAGAGGCUCAAUGCUGAGAUUGUAGACAUAUGGCUAAAUUGA